AUGGCUGUGGUCAAGGAACCGACGGAGGACCUCGUAACGGUCAUCGUGGCUGGAGUAGGACAGGGUCCAAUGCCCCCUAAGCGACAGGGACGCUCCCUGGGCCUCCAACCUGGACAGACCAUACACAUGCCGCCAGGCACGAUUAACUACGACUUCCGCAAGCAGAGCGACCCGACCCUCAUCACGGGUGGGCUUGGUCGAGUGGCCUCCUGUUACUUCGAGUUGAAUACUCUAUGA